AUGCGUUUAUAUUUGGCAGGAAAUUGUGGAGGACGGAAAAGCCGAACUGGAGAGCGUUAUUUUGAGGAAUUCCAAACCCAUUUUUGGAAAAAACCCGUAUCUCAAUUUGAUCGAAGACGGCAAGAAAUUAGACGAAGUUGUUCCCCACCACCAUCUUAUGAGGAAACAAUAUCGUCACUAAGUCGAGAGUCAUCAUUCUCUAGUCGAAGAAGCCAAUCCACUUCUCCUGUAAGGUCAUCUUUUUGUGAAGAAGAUAAUAAUGGGCGUUCCGUUGUUCUUUGGG